ACGUUGAUUUCAUCCCUUAGAAUCAAAGUAAACAUAUUACAAAACAUUAAACAAUUAUACUUUGUACAUUUUGAUAUUUAAUUUAAAAAUCAGCUCACACAAGCGAUCAUGUGACCAUUACGUCAUGCGGUCACGGGGUAAAAACAUGGCCGCUUGCAUUACAUUAUAUUGAUCUAUCAACCUCUUUCUAACAUAACAUCCAUACACACAUAGCCUUGUUGCUCAUUCCCUCCGAACGUUAUCAGACUUUUGGGUCGUUGUUAGAUGAAAUUAUGACCUCAGCGUUCGUGGUCGGAGAUCAUUUCAGAAAGAGGGCGUCAGAACUGUUGGAACAGACGGACUCAUCCCUGCCUGAAGAGCUGAGAACGCAACUAGGGGCUCUCCUUGAAAAGAAAGGACAAAUAACCUUGACCUUUAGUACAGCGAGACUACUCAAGAAAUACCUUCAGGAUGAAGGGCAUCCAUUUUAUUUGCAUGAAUUGUUGGAGGAUAGUUCACUGCAUCUGCCUGAGGUUGUCAAACCCCCCAGAAACCCCGAGCUUGUCGCACGCUUGGAAAUCAUUAAAGCCAGACUAGCAAACAAGGAAUACAACAAGAUGACACGUAAUGUAAACAAUCAGGAAAUGAAUCGUAAUGGGACACUGGCAGAUUUUGGACAGCAAGUACGAUCAGCCAAAGCUGUGGCUGUGACUGUUUUCAACUUCCUGGUGACAGUAGUUGCUACAUUUGCCUGCUCCUACAUAGGCAGUCAGUACCUAUUCACAGACACAACAGCGCGAGUCAUAUCUGCUGUGAUCGCAUCUUCUGUAGUGGGGCUAGCUGAGCUGUACGUCCUGGUCCGGACCAUGGAGGGGGAACUUGGAGAACCCUAGCACAACAAACAAGGGAACUACACCAAAGUCGGGGGAUUAUUAUUAUUAUUAUUUAUUGUAUUUUUUUUUGUUUUUUUUUUUUUUUUUUUGCAUAAUCAUUAUUGACGCUGACAGAGCCUUCACAUGUAAACAUUCAGUAUUUCACUUUCUUUGAAAGGUUUGUGGAUUGUAUUCUUACGGGCAAAAAAACUGAACCAAAACCCUCGCAAUUUCUUAAUGGGAUUAAAGAUGCUGAAAAAAUA